CAUCGAGCGAUCCAACAAAUCUCUCUCUUCCACCAACGCACCCUUCCCAAUCCCCGAACAACGCUCUCCACUCUCCACCACCGCCGUAUCCCUCAGCGAAGAAGGAAAACGCUCCAAACCCGCCGCCGUCAAAAUGUCGAACCAAGCGCCCCAUCCCGCUCUGCUCAUCCCAGGCCCAAUCGAGUUCGACGAUGCUGUCCUCCAGUCCAUGUCCCACUACUCCGAGUCGCACGUCGGCGCACCGUUCGUCAAGACCUUCGGAGAGGCCCUCAGCAUGCUUCGCCAGCUCUUCCAGACCACCAACCCGGCUUCGCAACCUUUCGUCAUCUCCGGCUCCGGCACCCUCGGCUGGGAUCAAGUCGCAGCCAACAUGACCGAGCCCGGCGACGAGGCAUUGGUUCUUCAUACGGGUUACUUCGCCGACUCCUUCGCCGACUGCUUCGAGACCUACGGCGUCAAAGUCACCCAACUCAAAGCCCCCAUCGGCGACCGCCCUCAACUUGACGACAUUGAAAAGGCAUUGAAAGAGAGGAAAUAUAAAGUCCUGACUGUCACCCACGUGGACACAUCCACCGGCGUACUUUCCGAGAUCCCAGCCCUCAGCGAACUCGUCCGCCGCGUCAGCCCAGAAACCCUCCUCGUCGUGGACGGCGUCUGCUCAGUCGGCUGUGAAGAGAUCCGCUUCGACGAAUGGGACAUCGACUGCGUGCUCACCGCCUCGCAGAAAGCCAUUGGAUGCCCAGCAGGUCUGUCCAUCCUCAUGGUCUCCGGCCGCGCCAUCGAGUCCUUUAAAGCCCGCAAGGUUCGACCAAACUCCUACUUCGGAUCAUGGAAGAACUGGCUGCCCAUCAUGCAGAAUUACGAAGCGAAGAAGCCAUCCUACUUUGCCACGCCCUCUCCACAACUUGUCCACGCCCUACACACGAGCUUGACGCAGAUUCUCUCCAGGCCUCUUGCCGAGCGGUUCGCCCGACACAAGGAAGUCAGCGAUAAAGUCAAGAAAGCUAUCACAGAUCUUGGACUCAAGCAGUUGGCGAGCAAGCCUGAGAACCAAGCAUCUGCCAUGACGGCGAUCUACCUUCCCAACGACCUCACUCCACCUGAAGUCCUGCCCAGUUUGUUGAAGAAGGGCGUUAUCUUCGCUGGUGGACUGCACAAGGAAAUCGCGGCGAAGUACAUUCGAUUUGGACACAUGGGCGUGAGCAUCAUGGACCCGCAGAGGACGGAUAUUGAUGAUGCAAUUAAGGCGUUGAAGGAGGGAUUGGAGGAGGCGGGAUACAAAGCGUAGAAAGAUGGAGGCAAUUGGAUAGGGGACCAAGAUAAAGGAGGCCAUUAUCGAAUUUUUGUGAAGGCAAGGAAAGAGGCGGAAAUCCGGGGAAAUGAGUCUGUACAUCGGAAGCCGAAUACCAACCAAGCAAGCUAAAGCUACAUAGAUGUGAAUCCAGCACUGUAGAUCGAUUUGC